AUGGUGUCCCCAACGCCAAUACCCGAGGACGUCAUCUUGGUUGUCAACCGACAAGGGAAGCUGAUGAGAAAGUUCGGCAGAAACCAGUUCUACCUGCCUCACGGUAUCGAGGUGGACUCCCGGGAAACAUCUGGGUCACCGACACAGGACUGCACCAGGUACGCCCUUCUCUCAACUUACGUUGUUACCGUAGUGUCUCUCCUGAAGCUUCUCCCUCACUGGAACUGUCGCCAGUGCCGUGGUCUACUGGUGAUGAGGAUACCCCCGGGUGGCACGCUGCCCGACAUGGUGCUGGGGGAGCGGCUGGUGCCGGGUAACGACACGGGACACUUCUGUCAGCCUGCGGACGUCGCUGUUCUGGAGUCCGGGGACUUCUACGUGGCUGACGGGUUUUGUAAUGGCCGUAUUGUGAAGUAUUCCAGCAAUGGCACCUUCAUGACCCAUAUUGUAUCUGUGCUGGUGUUUCACGAGAGCGUCAUCUGUGUAGAAGAGUCACAAGAGCGUCAUCUGUGUAGGAGUGUCACGAAAGUGUCAUGUGUGGAGGAGUGUCACGAAAGUGUCAUCUGUGUAGGAGCGUCACGAAAGUGUCAUCUCUGUGACAAAGAGUCGCCGGGAAUAUUCGACAUCGUGCCGAGCAUCACCGUGGCCGAGGACAGGGGGCUGGUCUGUGCGGCUGACUGUAUGCACGGCCGAAUACAGUGCUUUCAUCUGGACGGGGGGUUUCGCUUCAUCGUCAGCAGUAAACAGAUGGGGCCGUAUGUGCUGGCCACGGAAUACUGUCCUCUCCAUGGGGGAAUCCUGUUUGUCGUGAAUGGGCAUGACUCACGUAAGAAAGCGCCGGCAGUCUACGGCGUCACCGUUGCCAUAGAUACAGGAGAGGUGGUGCAGCAGUGGGAUACCCUUGAUGGUCCUCAGAGCCCCCACGAUGUGACGGUUGACUCCACGGAUCACGACCUGUAUGUGGGAGAACUUAGCCCGGGUAAAGUGUGGCGUCUCAGUAUGAAUAAUCGUGAAGAAUCAGUUGCAAAGGGGAAUCACGUGACCCUAAUCGUGGUGGCUGUGUUGAUCACGUUGCCGGUUGUCUGUGUCGUCAUUGGCCUCGCCAUCAGCAGUUUCAUUGAUUCAGGGUAUUUGUCCUGUUCGAGGUGCAGGAAGUCUUUCAGUGUUGUUGGCAAGUCUCACCGGGGGUUCACGCUGUUGGCCAGCGAAGAUGAUGAGUUCUGUUCAUGUGACGAAUGA